AUGUACGCCAAACUCAAUUCAAGUGACCGUAUAGAACAAUACGAAAUGGUGGAUCAAAGUCAUCGACAAUCUACAUUGGACGGCGCUGUUGGAGAUGCAUCCCAAGAGGGAUCACCCUCCAAGUCGUCGACUGAUUCUCGAUCAUCAGAAUUUUUGGAAGAUAUUGAAAGUUGUGCAUUAAGGACAGGUGAAACAAAAGACGAUUUCAAUAAUGAUCCAUUUUAUCAAUCCAUUUUACGAAGGUAUCGAAAACAAGGUUUUCCUUUAAAGUAUUGCCUGAUUUUUGGAGUAGUUUGUUUGCUUUUAUGGAUAGUUGGAAUUGUGGCGUAUUCUCAACAAAGUCCUUCGCAGCUAAUAUCAAAUACCAAAUGGCAGACGAACGUCCAUUUGGGAGACAGAAACAUUACUUUGGCAAAGUAUGAUCCACAUCUCAAAAAUAUAACAUUUGACGGAUGGAGAAAUGGAGAUUAUUUAACUUAUGAGGAAGAAGUUCACUGGUUGAAUGCAAAACAGUUGCCAAAGAAUAAACAUAGAGGACUUUAUUUGACAUCGACUCUGCAUUCGUUUUUAAUUAGGCAGGCUAAUGGCGACUACGAAGCAGUAUUUCUACCGACAAAGAAAUUUGCCUAUCAGAACAAUUUCUUCAAUAUAGAGGAGAUUACUUUGAACCCCACUACUCCUAUUGAUCAACUCAAUAAUUUUCAUCUUAUCAAAACUGAUACUUUAAAACAAUGGAGACAUCUGUCGUUUGCUUUGUAUUGGAUUUACAAUCCUCAACUUUCAACAUACAUACCAAUCCAACCUCCUCGUGAAAGCGAUACCCAAGAUAGCAACUCGAAAUUGCUGGCUACUGCUUUAGAGAAGUUGCAUUUUGUUGAAUUUGCUCCGGAUGGUAAAUCCGUUGUAUUCGCAUUUGAGCACAACUUGUACAUCCAAAACUUAUCAAAUAACAAAGUACAGCAAAUCACCACGGAUGGAUCACGCUAUAUAUUCAAUGGUAAACCCGAUUGGAUUUAUGAGGAGGAAGUGGUUGCAACGGAUCGCAUGAUUUGGUGGUCGCCCAACUCAAAGCAUCUCGUUUUCACAAAAAUCAAUGACACUGAAGUGAAGAAUGUCAAUAUCGAUUACUACGUCAAGCAAAACACUGAGGUGGGAAUGCAAUACGACCAAUCGAAUGAGAAAAGAUAUCAAUUAGUGGACCAGUAUCCAGUCGAAAGUUCACUUUUAUAUCCCAAGCCUGGAACUCGAAAUCCUACAGUAUCGCUUCAUGUGUACCAUGUUGACGAGCAAAAACUUGAAACUAUUCUGGACAAAGACGAGGGUUUAGGUAGAGAUUUUGUGGUGUACCAAGCUAGCUGGAUUGACAAUGAAAACUUUUUAGUGAAGGAAACUGACAGAACAAGCAAAAUUUUAUCCAAAAAAUUGUACACUCCAGCCUCGUCAAAUUUGCUGUUAUUAGGUUCGGUGAAUGUGACUGAUUUGUACGGAGGCUGGGUUGGAAAAAUGAAGCCUAUUACAAGCUUAAAUGGUCCCUACGUGGAUAAUUACGUUGUGGAUGGGAAAAACUAUCUAGCAAUAUUUGACAAGGCGAGUGAUAUUCAACCACUGAGGGUAUUGAAGGAAUAUCAGGCAAUUAAUGAAGGGAUCUACGAUGAAGUCGAGAAUUAUCUCUACUUUCUCACUAAUAAAAGAAGUGCUAUGGACUCUCACUUAAUUGGUUACGAUCUAGCAAAAGAUACGUAUAUUGAAAUCACAAGCUUGGAUGUCGAUGGAUAUUACGUUGCCUCAUUCUCGCAAAAUGGAAGAUUUUUAAAUCUUCAGUAUGAAGGACCAGAUCAACCGUGGCAAAGACUAAUCGAUAUGGCCGGAUUACAUGAUUCAUUAUACGAUGUAACAACUUUGAAAAAGGCAAUUCUCCAAUAUCCAAUGGUCAACCAUUUCGAAGUUUCCCAAAAACAGUUUCAAAAAUUCAACUUCCCUACGGUGAUUCACCGGCAAAUCAAAAUUCUCAAGUACAAUAUAGCGCUUAGCGUGAAGGAGAUUUUACCUCCAAACUUCGAUCCAAAGAAAAAGCAUCCCCUUUUGGUCCAUGCAUACGGUGGUCCAGGCUCACAGAAUGUGUUGAAAAAAUUCGACAUUGAUUUUUUAAAGAUAGCUAGUGCAGCUUUGAAUGCAGUAGUGCUAGUGAUUGAUCCACGUGGAACAGGAGGAAAUGACUGGCAGUUUCAAGCCUUUGCUAGUAAUAAAAUUGGUUAUUGGGAGCCUAGAGAUGUCAAGUUAAUUACCUCUGAGUAUAUGCUGGCAAAUGAUUUUAUCAACAAGAAUCGGGUUGGUUUGUGGGGAUGGUCUUAUGGUGGAUUUACUACUUUGAAAACUUUGGAAUACGACAAUGGACGAGUAUUUAAAUAUGGAGUGGUCAUUGCUCCUGUGACAAAUUGGUUAUUCUAUAACUCCAUAUACACAGAGAGAUAUAUGAAUCAACCAAGUGAGAAUCCGAAUUAUAAAAAGUAUGCAAGAGUUCAAGAUGUGGAGAAUUUCAAAAAUAUUCACCGAUUUCUCAUUAUGCAUGGAUCUGCUGAUGACAAUGUGCAUUUACAAAAUACCAUGUGGUUGAUGGAUAAGCUCAAUUCUGCAAGUGUCAAGAAUUAUGAUUUGCAGAUUUUCCCUGAUAGUGAUCACAAUAUUGAUUACAAUAAUGCAAACACCCUCGUUUAUGGUAAGCUACUACUGUGGUUACAAAAUGCAUUUAACGGGAGAUUUGACGAUAUGGUGUAG